CUUCUCUUAUUUUCUUCCAAAAAAAAAAAACAAACAACCGCGUGCAUUAUUGUUGUGGCACUAGACUUCGGGACCACCUUUUCGGGUGUAGCAUGGGCCCAAGUGACCAACCCAAAUGAGCACUACAUCAUCAAUCAAUGGCCUAGCAGCGUGUCUAGCUUCAUCGAUGGAAUGACAAGCGAGAAGGUGCCAACCGAAGUCGCCUUCACUUAUGAUGGCGUUACGCCCAAAGUCAUCUGGGGCUUCCAAAUUCCCGAGGCUAUGCCACACAAGGCAAAAGCUCAAACCCUUACAUGUGCAGAAGAGGCAGGCUUGGGGGCAGCGUCUAAUAUUCGCAUCAUCUCUGAGCCGGAGGCUACGGUCAUUCAUGUGCUAAAGGCUAGCAAUCCGCAUGGCCUGGAGAUUGAUGAUACAAUCGUUCUUUGUGAUGCAAGGGUGGGAAUGGUGGACUUGAUCACCUUCACGAUUGUUGAGCUUCGACCGACUCUCCGCCUCCAGGAAGCGGCCCCGGGUGCAGGAGGACUUAGCGACAGUACUUUCCUGGACAAACGAUUUGAAGAUUUCCUUCAAAGGCGAUUGUCUUACUGUGAAGGCUGGGAAAGUGACACCAUAGAGCAAGCCAUGCUGGAUUUUGAAACAGUUGCCAAGCGAAGAUUUGCUGGGGAUCUCAUCGAUGACUUUGUGUUCCCGGUUCCAGGAAUUGCUGACAACAAAGACCUUGGCGUCUGA